UGUGACGCAGGGGAUCAUGUGUUGUUUGUGCUGUGGCCCGUAGAGAUGUGUACAGGAGGAGAAGCGAACGGAUUGCUAACCGAGCUAGCCGGAUCCUCGCGAUUAUAGAAACACGGCCGAACGUGGUCAUGUUGCACGCGCUGGGUUUCAUAUCGUGAAGAAAGCCCGCUUUGGAGUACCUGCUUCGCCGAUAAGAAACGGCGAAGGGACUUGCUUUUUGACGGUGUAACAAAGCCGGUCCGUGAGGAUUUGCAAAUCUGAGCCGAGUCAACGUUAGCUGGCCUAGCCGGACUCGGGAGCUCGUCUCCCAAAACAAGAAUGGGGUCUAGGUCCACUCGGAUUAGCUUGCUAGUAAAGUGACCUUUGAUUGUAUUCUCUGAUGGCAAAUUUCACGAAUUACCAGGAAGGCAAGGCGGCGAUGUUGAUGGUGGAGACGCAGCAGAGGGACGUGGGGACGAAGUCCGCCACCGCUAACGGAGACGGCUCGGUCGGGGAACCCCCUUCCCCGUUAAUUAACAUCGGCGGAGGAGGCGGCGGCGGUGGCGGCGGCGGCGGCUCUCGCUUCCAUCAACAAUUGCCGCCCUCCAACCUCAUCCACCACCACCCACCGAAGGAGCAACAGCAGCACCAUCACUACCAGCUGGCUCCGCAGCAUCCUACCGGAGAAAGCCUCGCAGAGUCCCCGGGCAGGAGAGCCUCCUCCUCGUCUCUCAGCCAGGUACAGACCGCAGAGGACCCCGCCGCUUCUGCCGCUGCAAGCAGCAGCAGCGGCGGCGGCAGCGGCAGCCAUGUCUACGCGGCUGUGAGCGUCGCUAAUACCUCUGACGUUGUGGACGAUAUUCGAAAAUGUGGCUAUUUAAGAAAGCAAAAACACGGACACAAGAGGUUUUUUGUGCUUCGGGCUGCCAGCCACCUCGGGCCGAGCCGCCUGGAGUACUACGACAGCGAGAAGAAAUUCAGGAGCAGUCUGCGCUCUGCCGCGGCCGCGGCCGCCGCCGCCGCCAGCGGCGGGACGGUCGCCCCUUCUCCCCCGAAAAGGGUUAUUUACCUCUACCAGUGCUUUACGGUAAACAAAAGGGCGGAUUCCAAAAACAAACACCUCAUUGCCCUUUACACUAAGGACGAGUACUUUGCCAUUGUGGCGGAAAACGAGCAGGAGCAAGAGGACUGGUACGUAGCUGUCAGCGAGUUGAUGAGUGAGGGCAAAAAAGGGCACGUGGACUCUGAUGAUUUAGACGACGGCUAUGGUACAGUCACCCCCGGUACUGUGUUUAAAGAGGUGUGGCAAGUGAAUGUGAAACCUAAAGGACUGGGUCAAACUAAAAACCUCACAGGUGUUUACCGGCUUUGCCUCUCAACUAAAACCAUUCACCUCGUAAAGCUGAACUCUGAGACCCCCUGUGUGAACCUUCAGCUGAUGAACAUCAGACGCUGUGGACAUUCGGAAAGCUUCUUUUUCAUCGAGGUGGGUCGCUCCUCCUCCAUUGGGCCCGGGGAGAUAUGGAUGCAGGUGGAUGACUCCGUCGUGGCCCAAAACAUGCACGAAACAAUCUUGGAGACGAUGAAAGCCCUGAAGGCUUUUGCAGAGUUUCGGCCCAGGAGUAAGAGCCAGUCGUCGGGCUCCAACCCCAUGCCGUUCAUCACAACGCGUCGCCACCUGGGCAACCUGCCCCCGAGCCAGACUGGGCUGCAGAGGCGGUCGAGGACGGAGUCCGUCGUGGGCACGCCGCCGUCAAGUAAGAGCUCCGGGGCUAGUGGUUAUCGCUUCCGAACCUCCAGUGAGGGCGAGGGGACGAUGAACCGGCCGUUCCGCUCUGCCACAGGAAGUCUGGUACACCUGAACUCCGCACGGGCUCACCACGGCCGUCAGGACGGGGGUGGCGGCAGCAGCGGGAGUGGCGUCGCCACAGGAAACGCUGGCACGAGCACAGGCGGCGGGCGCUACGUCAGAGCCAUCCCGGGGACGUCGGCCACCUACCACGCCCGCUCCGCCUCGCUGCCGGUCUCCCAUUUCCCCUCCACCACCAGCCCGGUGAGCGUCUCCUCCAGCAGCGGCCACGGCUCCGUCUCCGACACGCUCACCCGCCCGUCGAGCGCCUCGAUAUGCGGCUCCCCGUCCGACGGGGGCUUCAACUCUUCAGAUGAGUACGGCUCCAGUCCUGGUGACUUCCGGUACUUCCGGGUGCGGAGCAACACGCCAGACUCGCUGGGCAACACGCCACCAAUCAGAGAAGAGAACUGUUUGAAUGAUUACAUGGCCAUGGGCUGGAACCGGGAGGUCUUCGGCACCAGCGCGGGCUCUGGAAACAACAGCGGAGGGGACACGCCACGGGACGAGAGCAUGUUGACGACAGAAGACGACCGCUUUUCUUCUUCAUCAUCAUCAUCGUCACUGAGGAAGAGGACACAGUCUUUCUCCAGACCACCUGGUGGUGCAACUGGUGGCUCUGGAGUGGCAGUUUACCAGAAAAUGACCCAGACCAACUUCUCAUUGGACGAGGGGUCGGACAUUGUGUUACCUUUUGGCAGCGGGCUGCUCCGUGGUGGGCCUUCGUCCUCCUCUUCCUCGCUCCGCUCUGACUACAGCUCCUGCUCGGAGCACAGUCAACAGAGCCGUCCCUCCACGCUCUCCCAGACCCAGUCCAGCUGUGAGCGUCCUCCCCUCUCCUCGUCUUCAUCUGCCAAGGAAGACAGCGGCUACAUGCCCAUGAUGUGUGGCGUGGCUGCGUCGCCGCAUGACACUCCUCCCGACUACAUGCCUAUGCAACCCAGCUCCUGCUCCCCUCAGUUUCACAGUCCAGCUUUAGGGUCCCGCUCCGCCCGUCACCACCAGCUCCAGCCCCAAUCCUCCGCAGACUCCCACGGCUACAUGAUGAUGCUCCCAGGGGAUGGCGGCGGCUCCUCGUCCCCAGGGCAGGCCUCCCCCAGCCCGCAUAGCAACUCCAGCAUUGCAGGGGCCAGCGGGAGCGACAGCAUAGCAGAGAGACCCCAGAAUGGUGAAUAUAUGGACAUGUCAUACUGCAGCAGUGCAGGGCGCAAGCUCUCAAACGAAGCGAGCAGUGGAUAUUACACAUCAGGCACGCCAGAGGCCCCCGCAAAGUCUUACAGCCCUUAUUUUUCCCUCCCUCGCUCCUACAAGGCUCCCACUCGAGAGAGGGAUGAGAAAGAAUACGGGGAGUACGUUCCUAUGAGUUCUCCUGCCAAGCCUGUCUUCUCAUCUGUUGCCACAGCAUCCAUGUCGACGCCAGAGAAGAGGGGUGGAGGAGGUAGCAGCACCUCCACCCCUUCUCACCCACCCCCGCCUUAUGGAGCUCACCAUACAACCGCAGCCAUGGCGGACCGACGCGCCGCGAGGCCCAACCGCCUCCCUUUAGGCAGAAGAAGUUUCCAAGGUCCACUGCGGGUUAGUGAGCCCUCUGCAACGUCUGCAGGCUCCUCAGUGCCCCCGACUGUAAGCUCAUCUGAAGGGCCCUCAAGUCCCGGGGAGUAUAUUAACAUUGAGUUUGGGGAUCACUACCCCCACCAACAACAGCCCCCCGCCUAUCCUCUCUCUGCUCAAGACGAAGCGCCUUCCCUUGAAUCCAGUGAACACCGUCACUCCCCCCACCAGGACUAUAUGAGUGUGGAGGUGGCGGCGGAGCAGCAGGACAGCGCUGGAUGUCUGGGUAAAAAACAGUCACCCAGAGCCAGCCUUGUCGCCCCCUGGAACCCCCCCAGCUACAUCCGACCCCUGGCUAGCAAUCCUGGGGCGCUGGCCUCCCCCGGAGUCCCCGCCGGAGGUCCCUGGAGAUCCAUGGGGGACGACUACACAGACAUGACGUUUAACCUCAGCCGAGGCGAGAGCCCCACGUCCAUGCUGCAGCACCUCUGUGUGAUAGAGGGCCGUUACGGCCACGCUCCAUCCGCCUCCCCCUCAUCCCUUUCUCCCCCUCUCCCUCCAUCGAGCCCAGGGAGGGCGCCGACGCAACAGCUGGAGCCCAAGGUGGUCCGGGCCGACCCCCAAGGCAGGCGGAGACACAGCUCGGAGACAUUCUCCUCCUCUAACUCAACUCCCUCCGGAGGAGGACUUGCCCCCUCAUCGUCAGCCGCACACCCCGCAGCCCCCAACGACUCCUACCUAAUGGAGGGUCAGGCUUCCAGAUGGGCCAGCUCGGCGUCUUUUGAUAGUACAUGGGUGUCCAUGGAGGGUCUCUGGGACUUGCCGGCUCCCCAUGCUCCAGUAAGAGCCAUGGAAAUGGGCGCAGGCUCCGGGACGCCAGCGUCGUCGUCCUCUUCCUCCUCGGGGGCUGGAGCCGGCAGAAUGUGCAGGAACAUGUCUGUGGGCUACCAGAACGGCCUGAACUACAUCGCCUUGGAGCUGAGGGAGGACGGGAGCAACGCGGGAGCCAUGGUGUCCGGAGCCGGCAGCAGCAACGGGGGCUCGGUGUCGGUGGGGACGGUGCCUCUGCCGGAGAACGGAGCCUACGCCAGUAUAGACUUCACCAAAUCUGAUGGAGUCACCACGACAACCAAGGACUGAGCGGCUGGGCGGUGGAGGUUCUCCACCUUCCUCCUCCUCCUCAUCUCUCUCUGCUCUGCACUCGGCUCUGCCUGGGACCUUUGGCCUGCCCCGCCGGUGACCUCUGACCUCUUCACCUGGACCGAGGAGCCGCUCCCUUCUGGAUGCAGAGAACAUCCCAACAGAUGACAAAAAACGCUUGCAGUUUUAUAAGUGUAUUUCAUUUUUUUUUUGUGUGUGUUUUAUAUGCAUAUCUUGUCCUGUUUUUUUUUUUUAAUCAUUUCCACCCUCUCACACACAGUCGACGCUGCCAGCGUGCGCAGACAUUUUCAACCGGUGAACUUUGGUUGGUUGGGGGGGUUGGAGGGGUUUGGGGGGGCGCCAACAGAACCGCAGAUAGUCUGGUUCUGCUUCUCCAUAUGGUAUUAAAAAGGGAGGCUGGAUUACUUAGCAAAGGCAUUAUGGUACAAACUUAUGUUUGAAUUUAAAAUAUUUUUAUCUUUUAUACAUUUUUUUACCCCAUGCGUAAUCUUUCCUCCAUACGGUACCGCACAGUUAUUACAUUGUGGGCAAAGUUGUAGUAGAGAAUGUAUUUUUGGGGGUUUUUUUGUUAAUGGAUUACCCACCAAAAGAGAGAGUUUGGAUGUUAUGAAGCGGGGUUGCAUCAGCCACCUUAAAAAGAAAAGAAAAAAAGGGCCACCUUCAGAAAUCCAUAUCAGUUUAAGUGGACGCCAUAUUUAGAGUUUUUUUUAGCGUUUCUAUCAGACAGCCCUUUACGACGGGGGGGGACUGAAGCCGUUACAUCCAUUUUUCCUCAAUUCAAAGCCACUAGACACCUUUGAUAAAAACAGCUGUUUUACCUCGUAGUGGCAGGUCCUGCGCUGCCUCGUUGGCUUCCCUUGUUUGGGGGUUUUCUGUGACUUUGGAGUUUUAAAGCGUUACUUCGGAAUCACCUAAAUCCAAUAAAAUAGACGUUUACAGCGGCUUCAGUUCCCCGUCGUUAAGGGCCGCAAAGUUGGUCGUCAAAGUAUAUCGGACUGGCGUAGUAACACGUGGACUGUGGAGAAGGAGCUCACUUCAAAACAUCUGAAGUCUCUUUUAGGGGUUCAAACUCGUGGCUGGAUCCAUUUAAACCUCUCAGACGCGACACGUGGCAUUACACAGGUCCCGCGCUCGUUCCCUCGGCGCGGCGUUCCCGCCACAGCGACACAAUCGCAUCCAUUGCCUCAGCUGGCCAGUUAAAAAA